CUUGUUCACUGACCCCCCAUGCGCCUAACCCAAACUCUCACAUCAGCGACCCAAUCGACCAAACAGAUCCCACGUAGCACAAGGUCUUCCUAUCCCAUUCCAGCCCAAAUCCAACCCCACGUCCCAGCUGCCAUCUCAGCCUCACCCAGACCGGCCCAAUCCAAAUCCGGGGUCCAAGGGUCUUUGACGUCUCACCCCCCCCUUUCUUCUCUUGAACUCAGCCAAAGAAGAUAAGCUCAUGCCAUGUCCACACGGACAACGUGGGCUAGGCCGCGGAACCUCUGGCAUGUGCGAUGGGACACGUCAUCGUGAUGGUGGUGGAGACUUUGGCUAAACGUCGCGAGCGAAGUCUAUGUGAGGCUCUGGGGAGCUUGCAGAGCUUCGGGGUUGACUAGGGAAACUCUACCCAGAGACCUGGGACUGGAGUUGUUGAAAGGAGGAGGAGAGUGUGUUUGUGGAUUGAAAGAACAUACUUUGCAGUGUUUGUUGAGUAUUGCCAUUUGCGAACAUGCAUCCUGCUAUCCGCACACCCAAGAAGAGUGUCUCAAUGCUCACGUUUUAU